AUGGAUCGCGAUCGAUCGGUCUCUAGCUCGCCCGACCCGCUAGGCGGCACGCCUCGGACAAGCACGCAAAGCACGAACCCGGACCUCGCCCGAUCGCCGACUCCGCAGAGCUCGAUUGACGAUCCCCAUUUACGUCCAGUCGGGAACGGUACGAAUACCGAUAGCUCGGUACAAUUCAUCCACACCGUGGCCAUACCUCCAUCGGGAGAUUUCAGCCAGGAAGCGGAGGAAGAGGAAGAAGAUUCUCGGGAAUCGCCGUCCUUUGAAGGAGUCAAGUUCAGUUCGAGCUUCGGCCCUCCUCUCAGCUCAAUCGAUACACCGAAAAAGAUGUCAAGCAGUAAGACCGAAAUUCUGGAAGACGAUUCGUCGCCUGGUAGAGCCCGUCGUCUGGAAAGCGAUCGCCCUCAAGCACACGAUCAACCGAUCAGGAAGCGACGACUAGCCCCGACUGCUGCUUCGUCUCUACACCGUCCCGGUUCAUCCUCCUCAAGAAAUAUACAAUCGAGCCAGAUACCAUCUACCACUCUCGCCAGCAAGACCGACCUUAUUCUUUCACACCACGAGACAACAUCCGUAAAGAGCCAGAGACUGCCAGGCGGGAAGGGAACGCAGCAGCCUCGAGUACAAGCUUCAUCCCAGGCCAUGCAGCACCGUCGCGAACCGCCUCCGAGAUCUCGGUCGGCACGGGUCGAAGAUCGAUUAGCUACUCGGACCGUCAUGCCGCCUCGAGGACUAGUUCUACCCGGAGCUACUCCUAACAUUGAUGCCCCUUUAGGCAAAACUCCAUAUACUAGUAGCAGAAUUAGCAAAAACCUGGGUCCAGCGGAAGUCGGAUCGUCAUCCUCAUCUCAACGACCCAUCCAGCGGAACAUCAACACAGGUGCCGCAUUACCCCCUAUAACUCUUUCCAACGAGUCCUCCGCACAUCAUGAACAAGAAGAAGAAGAAGAAGACUCCAUCGAAGCUCUACGAAAUACCGGGCCCAUCCGUUCUUCUCGCAAAGACGAUCUCCGUUCCGAGUCACGCGCUUAUAUCUACGGACUACCGGGAAGUUCUACAUUAUUCGGCUCGGAUUUCAGUAAAGCCAGUUUAGCGGAAGAUGGAGAGGAUGCUGGAGGGUUUGAUCUAGGUGAAGAGUUCGGGGUGGGUAUAGGGACGGCAACAGGAGAAGAAGGGGGGAGCGAGGAGGAUAAGGACGACAGCUUGGGCUGCGGUUUGACUAGGAGAAGGAGAUCUGGGUCGGGAGGUGAAAAUACGAGCGAAUUAACGCGAGCUGCUACCUCUCAUACAAAGAUGCGGAACCGUCAUCGCAAGGCGUCCGCUCGUCAAUAUCUCGGACCCGAUCGAUCGUUUCGGCUGGACAGGAAUUAUCAGCUUUGA